UUCCAACGAAGCCAAAGACUCUAGUCCGAUUCAGUCAAUUUUUGGCUGAGAAUCGGAAAGGCCGAAACAGGUGGUAGAAUCAGGGAGAGCGCGUGUGCUGUGCUGAAGUGAACUCGUUGCAUUUCUUCUCAUUUCUCCCCCGUGGACGUCGCGACGUGUUUUUCAAACACACACUAAUAGAUAGACAGGUGUGGUGUGUGUGUGGUGUGUGGUAGUGUGUGUGUCUUGGCAACAACAACAUAAAAUCACAGUCAGCUGUGAAGUUGCUCUCAACGUGUGAAACAAAUAUGCAAAUGGGAAUAAUAAGCAGAAAUAACAAAUUAUUGGCGUGAAUAUCCAAAUCGAGGCAUGCCGGGCCGAGUAGCUCACAGCAACUAAUCGGAAUCGGAGGAAUAAUAUAAUAAAUAAACAUUGAAGCACAAAAAGCCACAAUAGUAUCCAGUAUCCACCCAGCCAGACAGCCAGCUAGCCCCCAGUAUUUAUACAUUUUUAAAGAAUUUUUUUUGGAAGCGCUACUUCCUAUGAAACCGGAACUUGGGAGCAGAAUCUCUGACAGCAGAAUCAAGGAGCAAACUUCCGAGGAAAGCGGGCUCCGAGUAAAAAUCCAAAGAGUCGGAAUCGAGAAAAAAUUGUAUGGAAAGGACAUUCCUAAAGGAUUCCAUACAGCGUUAAGCAACUGGUUCGCACAUAUCCACACGAUUCAGACUGAUUGACAGCACAGACUGCUAUAAACCAUAUUUGAUAUCUUCCAAGAGGACAACACAUAUCUGAGAGAGGAGGAGAAAAAACAAUUGGAAGCCGAGAAACACAUAUCCUGAAACAUAAAUCAUUGCCAGGCUUUGAUUAAUGUUGCGUAUACGCAAUGUUGUCGGCCCCAGACUUGCUCUCUAACUAAGUGAAGGCACAAAUCGCUGAAAAACACACAAAGCAUCUGAGAGAGAAAGACAGAUAGGCGGGAGGAGUGAUAGCCGCUUCCAUUAGCACCUUCUGGGAAAUAAAAACAUCAUCGAGUAGCGCCGCAGAGCCCAGAGCUCCGGAACACCAAAGAUGGCCUUCAUCUGGCGACGACGUUCCACGACGAUUGUGAAGCUGGUGGCCUUCCUGGUGGCCAUUUGGUUCUGCAUAGCCUUUCUGGUCUACACGGAUGACACGCGGCGGCGGGCGUCUCAGGGCGGGUCGAGUGGUAUUGGCAGCGGACUGGGCGCCGGAGGAGGAGCAGGCGGAGGCGGGGGAGUGCCGGCUCUGGGUGAUCCCAUUGCUCUGCCGCUGAGGAACGUGCCCAUAGGCGAAGACUUUGGCAACAACGGGAAUGUGAUUGGCGGCGCCCAGAAGGAGGACGAGGCCGACAUACCACCCACUGUGGGCAAGCGCAAGGUCGAGCUGGAGGAGGACAAGAAGCCGCGCAAGAAGGCCCAUGAGGUGGCGAAGGCCAAGCCGCAAGAUGAUGCCAAAAAAGUGAUUGAUCCUCCUGGCAAUUUCGAGGAGAAUCCCGGCGAGAUGGGCAAGCCAGUGCGACUGCCCAAGGAAAUGCCGGAUGACAUGAAGAAGGCGGUAGAUGAUGGCUGGACGAAGAACGCCUUCAAUCAAUAUGUCUCGGAUCUCGUAUCGGUGCAUCGUUCCCUGCCGGAUCCCAGGGAUGCCUGGUGCAAGGACUCGACUCAGUACCUGACCAAUCUGCCCACGACCGAUGUCAUUAUUUGCUUCCACAACGAGGCCUGGACGGUGCUGCUGAGGACAGUUCACUCUGUGCUGGACAGGUCACCGGAGCAUUUAAUUGGCAAGAUAAUCCUUGUCGAUGACUACAGUGAUAUGCCUCACCUGAAGAAACAGCUCGAGGAUUACUUUGCCGCCUAUCCCAAGGUCCAGAUUAUUAGGGGCCAGAAGCGAGAGGGCCUUAUCCGAGCCCGUAUCCUGGGCGCCAACCAUGCCAAGUCGGCGGUUCUCACCUAUUUGGACUCCCACUGCGAGUGCACAGAAGGCUGGCUGGAACCUCUUUUGGAUCGCAUUGCCCGGAACUCGACCACGGUUGUGUGUCCCGUAAUUGAUGUGAUUAGCGACGAUACUCUGGAAUACCACUAUCGCGACUCUAGCGGCGUGAAUGUGGGCGGAUUCGAUUGGAAUCUGCAAUUUAGCUGGCACUCUGUCCCGGAACGUGAAAGGAAGCGUCAUAACAACUCCGCCGAGCCCGUGUACUCACCGACCAUGGCCGGAGGACUGUUCGCCAUCGACCGGGAGUUCUUCGAUCGCCUGGGCACCUACGAUUCCGGAUUCGACAUCUGGGGCGGCGAGAAUCUGGAGCUGUCCUUCAAGACCUGGAUGUGCGGCGGCACCCUGGAGAUUGUACCCUGCUCCCAUGUCGGACACAUCUUCCGCAAACGCUCCCCCUACAAGUGGCGUUCGGGCGUGAAUGUGCUGAGGAAGAACUCCGUGCGCCUGGCCGAGGUUUGGAUGGAUGACUACGCCCAGUACUACUAUCACCGCAUUGGCAACGACAAGGGCGACUGGGGAGAUGUCACCGAUCGCAAGAAGCUACGUGCUGAUCUGAAGUGCAAGAGCUUCAAGUGGUAUCUGGACAACAUCUAUCCGGAGCUCUUCAUACCCGGCGACUCUGUGGCCCAUGGCGAGAUAAGAAACUUAGGUUAUGGCGGUCGCACCUGCUUGGACGCACCUUCUGGAAAGAAGCAUCAGAAGAAGGCCGUGGGCACGUAUCCUUGCCAUCGGCAGGGUGGAAAUCAGUACUGGAUGCUGAGCAAGACGGGAGAAAUACGCCGAGACGACUCCUGCCUCGAUUAUGCCGGCAAGGAAGUGACGCUCUACCCCUGCCACGGCGGCAAAGGAAAUCAGUUCUGGUCAUACCGCGCGAACACAAAGCAACUGCACCACGGCACCUCCGGCAAGUGCCUGGCCAUCAGCGAUAGCAAAGACAAGCUCCAGAUGGAGGAGUGCAACGUGUCCGUGGCCCGGCAACAGUGGUCGAUGGAGAACUACGACAGCUCCAAGUUGUGAGGCUACUUCUACGCGAGGGGCAACCUGCUGUUGCCCACUUCGCAGCAACCGCAUCAGCACCAGCAGCAGCACCAGCAUCAGAAACAAAAGCAGCCACACCGGGCAUAGCAGCAACAGGAUGGGGAAGGACCUGAAACAGGAGAACAGAAGGCAGGUGUAGGAGGGAUGGAGUGGAGGCAAGAGGUCGAGUAGACAGACGGAUUCGGAAUCCCCAGAAGCGGCAUGUGCAAUAGGGAGAGAGGGGAAGAGAUGUAGCAGCAGAGUACUUGCCAUGCUAUAUAAAUAAUAUUAAAAUUUAUAUGUUUCCAAACAAGAGAAUAGCCGUUACAUAGAUUUAAGGACAACACAGACUCCGACACCCAUACACACGAACAGACACUCGAAGGAUAAUGACUGCUGUACAGUAGCUAUAAGUCAAUAAGUUUUUGGUAGGCCCAAAACACAGCACUUAGGAUUAGGCUAAUGGAGCCAGGCUGGCCAAGGACGAGGUGGCCAACAAAAGUUUUAAGUCGUAGCGCAAUUUUUGCAUUUAAAUUUGUAACAUUUAGCACAAUUUGAAUGGAACGUGUGAAACUUCUCUGAGUCUCUGAGUGUUUGACUUAUUCUCCAGGCCAACGGGAAAGGCGAAAUGUUUCCGAUAUAUUUAUGAAUUUUACAAACGUCAUCAAAUGGCUUUGCGAAAGCCUCAUUCCAAAUAUAUGUUUUAGCAAGUAAGCCCUAGGCUAAGUCCGAGUUGGAAAGCAUUUGGUGAUAGCCUUUGUUUCGCCUAUGACCCCCCGCAUUCCUGAACUUGAAACCGAAAUUUCUAAAUUUAUUUAUUAUGUAUUCCGUUGUAGGGCGAGACAUGAGUAUGAGUUUUGUUUUUAAUUUUUUUUAUAGUCUAGCGGAGUGUUGAAAAUCUUAUGCCAAAUUAUGUUUAGAUGAUUUACUUUGUGUUCUAUUUGAAAGUCCUUUGCAUUUUUCUACGUUGGAUUCUCAAGACAACAACAUAUCCUAUUUGUUGGACAAAGCCAGCUUGUAGUACUUAAAAAAAUAUCAGUUUCCGAACUACCGAUAUCACAGAAGAUAUAUAGAGUUAGUUUCUAGUUAUUAGACCUUACCGCGAAUGUGCAUAGUGCCUUCUAUUUAUAACGAAUGCAUUCUAUCACACAUCCAUGUAACGUUCAUCGAACUCUUCUAGAUCUAGGCUAGGUCACAAUCACAGCGAGUGUGUGUAUACACAUCCUGCAGAAACUCGCAUCCUGCAGAAACUGUACAUAACUAUCAAUUAAAUACUAUUUUAUUCAAGACUAAAAGAUACAUAUUAUAUCAAGAUGAUAGCCAAGGCCAGGUCUUUUUGUUCAAUUGCUAUAUUUUAUUCCAGACAGCGAGCUUCACGGUAGGCGGCAUUUACAUAUAAAGUACGAAACCAAAAGCCAUAGGAAGUGGUUGAUAAACUUUUUAAAUCAGAACUUACAAUAACAGACUAAGCGCUUAGUAAAUGUGUAGAAAGGAAGAAAAUAUGUGCAAAAAAUCAGAUACAGUUAAAAAUAAAACAAUGUAAAUUGAGAAA